UUCUCCAAAACCCCCUAAAUCUCUCUUUCUUUUCUCCUCUGGUUCCUUUGUUCUUUGGAGUUUGAGCAAAAACACCAACCAUAGUUGCUAAUUACUACUAUAGAACUAAGUAAUCGUUGCUUUUAUCCUUUGUUGCAUGGAUGGAUCCUCAACAGGAAAUCUCAAACGAGACUUUGGAAACCAUUUUGGUAAGCUCAACAAAAGGAAGCAAUAACAACAUCAAGAAAAUGGAAGAAGAGAUGAAGAAGAAAGGGUCAAGAGGAGAAUUAGGAGGUGAAGCUCAAAACUGUCCAAGAUGUGAAUCUCCAAACACAAAGUUUUGUUACUACAACAACUAUAGUCUCUCUCAACCUCGUUACUUCUGCAAAUCUUGUCGGAGAUAUUGGACUAAAGGUGGUACUCUCCGUAACGUCCCCGUCGGUGGUGGCUGCCGUAGAAACAAACGAUCCUCAUCUUUCUCCAAGAACAACAAUAAUAACAAGUCUAUUAAUUUCCAUAAUGAUCCUCUUCAUCAGAACCCUUUGAUCACGGGAAUGGCACCAUCAUCUUUUGGUUACGACUCCAUUGAUCUCAACCUCGCUUUCGCUUCUCUUCAAAAGCAUCAUUCAUCCUCUCAGGCUAGUACUACUACUUCUUUUGGUUUUGGAGGUGAUCUUUCUAUUUAUGGAAACUCAGGGAAUGAUGUAAUCUUUGGAGGACAAAACGGUCAUUUUAACAACAGCUUGUGUUAUGGGUUUAUGUCCGGAAAUGGUAACAACAACCAUCAAAGUGAUAUCAAGAUGGCUUCUACAUUGGGGAUUUCAUUGGAAGGAAACGAGAGAAAGCAAGAGAAUGUUAACAAUAUCUCAGAGAAUCCUAGCAAGGUCUUAUGGGGAUUCCCAUGGCAGAUGACCGGAGAUUCCGCCGGAGUUGUACCGGAGAUUGAUCCCGGAAGGGAAAGCUGGAAUGGGUUGGCUUCAUCUUGGAAUAGUAAUGGUUUACUCAACACUCCUUUGGUCUAAGAUAAGAUCGUUACUAAAUAAAAUAAUAAUAAUAAUAUUACUCUAUAUUAAAGUUUAUGUCAUCACAUGUUUGUAUACCACUUUCACUAAUAUGGGGGAUGUUUGGUUUUUUUCUUUAUAAUUUCUAGGGUUUCUAUCUUUUUUUUAGUUUCCCAAUUUUCUUGGUUGAGACAAAAGACCUAAGACAUUUCUCUUCUUUUCAAAACUUCUUUGGUGUUUUAAUUUGUAAUCUAAUGGUGGAUGGGUUGGUUAAUUAUUUGUUACCAUGUAAUAGAUAUUCUCUUGUUCUC